GAGUCGCCCAAAACUCAGAAUAGAAUCUCUCCAUCUCGAGUUCUCGACUGUCAGAGUCAAGGUUAUGAUCGAUUGAGUCUCUUAAUCAUUCAGCAUCUACCAAUCCUGCCGUUAGAUAGCUCACGGCUUCCACCAGCCUGCCUCUGCCGUCUUCACCUCCAAUCAGAUCAACUGUUUCAAGUUCAAGAGAAGUAAACAGAAUGCCAUCUCUUCAAACAGCAUUGCCUCCUGAACUUGCCAACAACGCCAUUAGGCUAUACCGUGAAUGCCUACGCAGAGCCAAGUACAUUGGUCAUAAGCAACAUAACACGGAGCUUGUUGUUCAAAUGGUGAGGCAGCAAUUCCGAAAGCACCUGCAUGAGACAGAUCCAGAGAAGAUUCAGAAGCUGAAAGACGAUGCAGCAAGAGGACUUAUAAACCACAUAUUAUAUGAGGCUGAGGAGAUGACAGGCAGGAAAUUCAGCUGAACAUCAUAAACCCAUCUGCUUCUGAUAAUUGCUCUUGAAGUUUCAGAAGAAUCUUCAUCUUGACUUUUCUGGGGUCAAAUGUUAAUUGAAUAAUUUGACUUGAAACUUGAAUUUUAUUAAGUCUUGCAGUGAGACUGAGCUUCAUUUUGUAUGUGAUCAACUCUUGAGCUGAGAUUGCAUUGCUUUUCUUGUUUGGUUCAAGUUGUUUUAAUCCU